AUACAUAGGCUUUUUCUCCGGCGGUUACCGGAAAAAGAAACUUCGCCGGAAUGUGGCAACCAAGCGCUUUUCCCCGUGCGCUUUCUCUGCUUCUUCUUCUUCACUCACUGCUAGCUGUAGUCUCUGCUCAGGGAUCGAACAGAACUACUUGGAACACUCUCAGCGGAAGGCCACCAUUGGUCAUUGCACGUGGUGGGUUUUCUGGGCUAUUUCCUGAUUCCAGUUCUGCUGCCUAUUAUUUUGCAGUAAAUACUGGUUUAAAAGAUCUCAUUGUAUGGUGUGAUUUGCAAUUAACGAAAGAUGCGGGUGGGAUCUGCGUUCCAUAUAUCAAGCUUGAAAAUGGUACUAACAUUAAUUAUGUUUUCAAAAAUAAAAGUAAUUACCCCGUAAAUGGAGUACAAACAAGCGCCUAUUUUGCCGUGGAUUACACCCUGAAGGAAUUGCAAUCCAAUGUCAUCUUGGUUCAGGGAGUAUACUCUCGAACAAACAGGUUUGAUGGAAGAUUAAAUGAAAUUCUUACUAUCAAUGACUUGGUUAAAGAAGCAGCCCCACCAGGAUUGUGGUUGAAUAUUCAGCAUGAUGCAUUCUACGCAAAACACAAUUUGAGCAUGAGAAACUUCGUGCUUUCUGUUUCUAGAACAGUAAAAAUCCGUUACAUCUCAUCACCUGAAGCUGGUUUCUUAAGAAGUAUAAAAGCACACUUCAACCCAAGAACGACAAAACUGGUCUUCAUGUUUCUGGGACAAGAUGAAGUAGACCCAUCAACCAAUAAUAAGACUUAUGGUUCACUUCUAAAAAAUCUGACAUUCAUCAAGACAUUUGCUUCAGGAAUUAUUGUUCCCAAAGGAUACAUAUGGCCUGUAGAUCCAAGUUUUUAUCUACUACCACAUACCUCUUUGGUCUCCGAUGCGCACAAAGUGGGGCUGGAGGUCUUUGCAUCAGAUUUUGCCAAUGAUAUUUCAAUUAGCUUUAACUACAGUUAUGACCCUGUUGCUGAGUACCUCAAUUUCAUUGACAAUGGAAACUUCUCUGUUGAUGGUGUGUUGUCUGACUUCCCCCUAACACCAUCUGAAGCUAUUGACUGCUUUGCUCACAUAGGCGCUAAUGCUUCAAAGAAAGUUAACACUUUGGUCAUUUCAAAAUAUGGAGCAAGUGGAGAUUAUCCUCCCUGUACUGAUUUAGCAUAUGAAAAGGCUAUUUCAGAUGGUGCGGAUGUUCUUGACUGUCCUGUUCAAAUGUCAAAGGAUGGAAUACCAUUUUGCUUAAGCUCCGUCGAUCUCCUAGAGAGCACAAUCGAUGCUCUAUCAAGUUUCAGCAAUUUUUCCACACAAAUCCCAGAGAUCAAACCUGGCAGUGGCAUAUUUACAUUCAACUUGAAAUGGGAUGAUAUCAAAAGCUUGACCCCUUAUAUGGUGAGCCCUUAUUAUAAAAACAAAUUGUUCAGGAACCCAAAAUAUAACAAGGUGCAAUUUUUAACAUUGUCAGAUUUCUUGAACUUGACAAAAAGUAAGGCUUCCCUAUCAGGUGUUGUGAUCAUUAUCGAGAAUGCAGCCUAUCUUGCAAGGGAACAAAACUUAAGUGUGACUGAUGCAGUCAUUGAUACUUUGAGCAAAGGAGGUUAUGAUAAACCAAGGGCUCCAAAAGUUAUGAUUCAAUCCACUAAUAGUUCUGUACUACUGAAAUUCAAGGAGAAAACCAAAUAUGAGCUUGUCUACAAGAUUGAUGAGAAAAUUGAUGAUGCUGUUGAUUCAGCUAUUUCAGAUAUCAAAAGCUUUGCUCAUUCUGUGGUCGUCAAAAAGGAUUCUGUUUAUCCUGUCAGUGACCUCUUCCUGACAGGCUCUACAAAGACUGUGUCAAAGUUCAAAUCUUUUAAUCUCUCUGUUUAUGUAGAAACCUUCAGCAAUGAGUUUGUAUCUCAGGCAUGGGAUUUCUUGUCAGAUGCAACUGUGGAGAUUAACACAUUUGUUCAAAAUGAAGGAAUUGAUGGUGUCAUCACAGACUUCCCAAAAACAGCUAAUAGAUACAGAAGGAACAGAUGCUUGAAUUUGGGAAAGAGCACACCUCCUUACAUGCAACCAGUUGACAUAGGUGGCCUGAUACAAGUUAUGACCAAACCUUACUUGCCACCAGCUGAGGCUCCAGCCCCUCCCCUGACUAAAUCUGAAGUGACAGAACCUCCUUUGCCUACUGUUUCUAAAAUAGCCCCAUCUUCUAACCCCAUUGCUGUGGCUGGACCAGGAGCACAACCACCAAGAAAUGCACAGGCUAAGGUCACUGUCUGCUUCUUCUUGUCCACUCUGAUUGUGCUUGUAGCUUCUCUUCUGCUUUGAGUGAUGCAGGCUUCCCUCUUCCCACUUCCCACUUCCCACUUCCCACUAAGAAGGGGGAAAAGUUGGAAGAAAGGGUUGUCGUUUAUGCUCACUUAGCCCUCUUUUGCCACACAACGAAGUCUUUGGCUUCAGACUGCUGGAAAAUUCCAACUUUUAAUUUGCAGCUGUAAUUAUUUCCAUUAAUUGUGGUAGCUAGGUAUAUUCCCCUAUCCUGUAGCUAAGUAUCUAUGUAUUCUUACUAGAUGAGCAUUUUGUAUUUUCUUUUGUAAAAUAUAUUUAUAGUGUUGUGUACUUGGCCUGAGAUAAACAUGGCACAAGUUGGAGACCCACAUGGAGAUUUGAGGAAUUAUCUUCUGCAUCUUCAUGGAUUAGUUGUUUCAAUAUUAAUAGUACAUUCUCUUCAGAUUCCAUUUGAAAU